AUGCAAUUCUUCACCACCAUCCAAAUUCUUGCUCUCCUCACCACUAGUGCUCUUGCCGGUACCAUCAGUCCCAACGCCCGCAACGCUCUCAUGGAGCGUGGUGGGUGUGAGGGUAACAUGCCACUUUGCGCUAACAGCAAGUACGUUGGUACCACUAAGUGCCGCUGCGAAGGUCAAAAGGGAACGUGUGAAGCCUGGUAUUGCGGCGAGAACGUUAACGAUGGUAUCAACAUCAUGUCCUGUGGUGGAGAGAAUACCGGAUGUGCUUGGUUGUAG